AUGGAUCGUCGACGUUAUUUAACCAUUGGGGAAAUAGAAUCCUACAUAAAUACUUCGAGCAGUGAGGAUGAAGGCGAAGUAGUUUCUGCUAAUCGAAUGAAAAUUGAUGUUGAUGCUGUAAGUGACGAAGAACUUAUUGACGAUAAUGAGAUGAUAACAGAGAGAGAGUACACAGCAGAAAAAGAUUUCGGUACACCAAACUGGAAAAAAACCAAACGAAUUGAUUUUAAAUUUGGACCCCCUGACGAAUCAGGUGUGGAAUCUUUAAAAAGCAAUAUUGUUGAUUCUAUGAGUGGCAAAACACCAUUUAAAUUGUUUCUGCAGUUCUUCGGCGAAGAAAUAAUGGAAAUGCUGGUCGUGAAUACAAAUAUGUAUGCUCACCAAAAUAAUAUCAUAGUGGAUAUUAGCAAACAACAGAUAUAUCGUUUCAUCGGAAUUUUGAUACUAAGUGGUUAUCAUAAAGUACCUCACGUUGAACAUUAUUGGAGUACACAGCAAACACUUGGUAUACUUAUAUUAAAGCAAGCUUUAUCACGUAAUAACUUCCAGUUGAUCAAAAGAAUAUUUCAUCUAAUGGACAAUAAUGGCAUUGAUGCCACAGACAGAUUUGCUAAAGUUCGUCCACUGAAUGUCGCCUGGGAAAACACGCCAAAAACCAUUAUGGGCACAGAAGGUCCAAAACCUGUAGCGCUUGUGGCGGACCACUGA